ACAUAUGUUGCAAUGGUUAUGUUGUUCAUAUAUGACCUUACAAGUUUGCUCCUCCUAAUCUUAGUUCCCUGCACCAUUCCAUCAUGUUACAGCUAUUUGUUUGAAGGCAAGAGUGUUAACUGUGAAGGUGUUUACAAUUGUGGAAACAUACAUGGUGUUAACUACCCGUUCUGGGGAGGUGGUUCGCAAUCAAGAUUAUGUGGUAACAACAAUUUAUAUCUACAGUGCGAAGAUAAUCAGACCACUUUGUCUGUUCCUUAUUUCAUUAGAAAUAACAUUGGGUAUAAACCUUCAGAAUUUCAUGUACUGAUGAUUAACCAAUCCUCAUUCCGUAUGAAGAUUGUUCAUCAUAAUCAUUGGAAGAAUGUUUGUCCGGAAUCUUCUUCACUCUACAGUCUUUACAACAAGUACAACACCACCUUAAUCAAUGGUCUCAGGUAUGUCCGAGGAACUACAUUUAUAAACAUACACUAUGGCUGCAGUCCUGAGGUCCUGUCGACUGUACAGGUGCAGAGCAAUAUUAGUUGUUUUAUAAAUGGAACAAUCAACACUGGUGUGUUCUUUAGCGAUGAAUUUGUUACAAAUGUCCUAGGAUGUUCCUUCAGCAUACUGGUACCUCUUGUUUCCACUGCUUAUAACAAAUUGUGGGACGCAACUCUUACGCUGCAAGAGGCUGUGGAUGAGGGGUUUGAAGUGGAUUAUAGUGAUGCGUCAUAUGGGACUCAAGCAAACACUAAUAAGAUUCAUUUAGCAACAGGAAUAUCAAUUGCUGGAAUUGGGAUGUUAAUCUGCUUAGGAAUAUGGUACACACAAUAUAGAGAAUCAUUCUGCAAGUGCAUACGAUUAAUUAACGGCAAAACAGAAGAUCAGAGUCUAGAGGCCUUACUUAAGCAAUAUGGAUCUCUGGCACCAAGGAGAUACAGCUAGGAAAUCAAGAAAAUGACACAUGGAUUCAAAGAUAAGCUUGGUGAAGGAGGUUAUGGAGGGGUCUACAAAGGUGAACUUUCUGAUGGCCGUGGAGUUGCAGUGAAGAUUUUAAAAGCAUCUAAAGGUGAUGGUGAAGAAUUUAUCAAUGAAGUUGCAAGCAUCAGCCAGACUUCGCAUGUCAAUGUCGUGUCUCUUUUAGGAUACUGUCUUGAUGGGAGCAAAAGAGCUCUAAUUUAUGACUUCAUGCCAAAUGGAUCCUUAGAGAAAUACAUAUACGGUGAUGGUUCUCUCUUGGGACUGAACAAAUUGUAUCAAAUUGCAGUUGGAAUUGCUAAAGGAUUGGAGUAUCUUCACCGUGGAUGCAAUACAAGAAUUUUGCACUUUGACAUAAAGCCUCAUAACAUACUCCUUGAUGAAGAAUUCUGUCCUAAGAUAUCAGAUUUUGGUUUGGCAAAACUAUGCACCAGAAAAGAAAGCAUUGUUUCCAUGUUAGGAGCACGAGGGACGAUUGGUUAUAUUGCUCCCGAAGUAAUCAGUAGGAGUUUUGGAGGAGUGUCACACAAGUCUGAUGUCUAUAGUUAUGGAAUGAUGGUUCUAGAAAUGGUCGGAGGAAGAAAGAAUGUCAAGGAAGAAGUGAGCCAUACAAGUGAGAUAUAUUUUCCUAACUGGGCAUAUCAGCACGUUCAGCUAGACGAUGACCUGAAGCUACAUGGGAUUAUAGACAUAGAAGAAGAAGAAACUGCUAGAAAGAUGAUAUUAGUUGGUCUGUGGUGCAUCCAAACUGAUCCAGCACAAAGGCCAUCAAUGAGUAAGGUUAUUGACAUGCUAGAGGGAAGCCUCGUCUUAGAAAUCCCACCAAAACCUUUAUUAUGUACUCCUUAUUGUUCAGGAAGACAUUCUUUGAACACACAGGCAAUGCCACUGAACGCCUCCAUAAUUUCUCCAUCCAGUUCAUCACUUUGUUCUACUGAAGAAUUAGCAACUUUCAUAGGCACAGCUGCCAAAGACAGAACUUUCUAGAAGUAAUAAACUUGAAUUUGUGUCUUUAAUUUUUGAAUUUGAUUGGAAUAAUUCACCGUGAAGGAUAGUAUUUCAGUGUAUUGUACUUAG